AAACGUCAGAUAAGCAAAUUUCUAGGUUAGGAAAGUUUAUUUAGAAAAAAUUGUUUACGUUGAAAGUAAAAUAUUGUGAUACGUAUGCAUUUUAAAACACAAAACAUUAGUUACGUUUUAAAUUUGCAUAACAGUGAGAGGUAGUACAUAAAAAUGGAAGAAACAUUUAUGUUAAUAGCGUUAAUACUGGUUAUGCUAAUAGGAUCAUUCCUUGCUGGUUCAAUUCCACUGUUUUUCAGUUUUUCCGAGGACAAAUUGAAGCGAAUUACGGCCUUUGGGGCCGGUCUUUUGGUCGGAACAGCUCUGGUUGUGAUAAUACCGGAAGGGGUGCGUUCAUUACUCAGCGAACAGCUCAAAGAACCACAGAAAAAUCACGAAAAAGACGUUCUUUCAGUCAUUGGAAUUAGUCUAGUGUUGGGUUUUAUUUUUAUGUUGAUGGUGGAUCAAAUUUCCCAGCGGAAAAAUGAGAAUUUGAAUCCAUCCGAGCGCAAUAUUACUGCCACUAUUGGUCUAGUGGUCCAUGCGGCUGCUGACGGUGUGGCACUGGGGGCUGCCGCCACCACCAGUCAUGCCGACGUCGAAAUAAUCGUUUUUCUGGCGAUUAUGUUGCAUAAAGCGCCCGCAGCUUUCGGUCUAGUCACGUUUUUGCUACACGAAGGCAUUGAUAGGCAAAGAAUUCGCAAACAUUUGUUGGUGUUUUCACUGGCGGCACCAGUUUUGGCCGUUUGUACUUAUUUCGGGAUUGGACAGAAGCAGAAAGAGACGCUGAGUUCGCUUAAUGCAACUGGUAUUGCAAUGUUAUUUUCCGCCGGUACAUUCCUUUACGUCGCUACGGUGCAUGUCUUAGCCGAACUGACGCAAACUUCGCAUCAUUCCUAUUCCAAACUUCAAAGUCUAGAAAGUGGCAAAGCUUCUUCGCAAUCAUUAAAAACACUAGAAUUGAUCUGUUUGGUUGUUGGAUGUUUGACUCCCUUACUUUUGACUGUAGGACAUCAUCAUUGAAACAUGUUUUAUUGUAUUUAUUUAUUCGAAUAAAUGUCAUAAUUUAUAAUUUUAUUAUUUUUGUUCUUACCAGAUAUUAAAUUUAUGUGAUUGCAUAAGCUAUAUUGUCUGGCUUUUUAUUGGAUUACACAUUUGUAUAUUGUCUUAAAAGGUUAAAUAAAAUUAUAAUUUGUUUAUUGA